AUGUCUUUACUUGAAGGCGGUGAUAGACGUCGUUAUAAUCUACCUUCACAUGAUGAAGUUGCAGUUCAGUAUGCUGUAGAUGCAUAUGUAAAAAUUGAAGGCCAGCGUCUUGCUUUUAUCAGAAAUAAUCAAAAUAAGCUGAGAAGCGAGCAGUACGAUGCCUUACAUGAACAUAUUAACAACAUUGCCAAUGAUCGUAAUAUUAGACCAGGGCGAGUAGUAGUUUUGCCAUCAUCUUAUAAUGCGAAUGAUAGACCUGAUUUGGUUACUCGAGUAUUUAAACUCAAGUUAAAUAACCUCCUCAAUGAUAUAUUCAAACAUGGUGUAUUAGGCAAAGUUGUAACGCAUGUUCAGGUUAUUGAGUUUCAAAAGCGUGGUUUGCCGCAUGCCCACAUUUUACUUCAUUUAGCAAAUGAUGAUAAACUUGAAACAUCACAGGAUAUCGAUAAUUUGAUUUGUGCAGAAAUUCCAGAUCCGAUAGUUAAUUGUGAACUUUAUGAUAUUAUCAAAACUUGCAUGAUUCACGGCCCAUGUGGGAUACUGAAUCCAAAUUCUCCCUGCAUGAAAGAUGGGGUGUGCAGCAAAAAAUAUCCUAAAGAUUUUAAUGCCAACACAGUAGCUGUUCACAAUGGUUAUCCGCGCUAUAGUGAUAAUGGGUUGGUUAUCAAUAUUAAAGGCAAUAAUGUAGAUAACCGUUGGGUGGUACCUUAUAAUCCUUGGUUAUCAAAGAAAUAUCAAGCCCACAUUAAUGUUGAAGCUUGCAUGUCUGUGAAGGCUGUUAAUCACGAUGAAAUAAACACUUUCUUAGAUUGUCGUUAUGUUAGUGCACCUGAGGCGCUGUGGCGAAUAUUUAAGUAUCCCAUAAGUCAUAUGUCACACUCUGUUAUCCGUCUUAAGGUUCAUCUUCCUGAGAAUCAGAUUGUGUAUUUUAGAGAAGGAGAAGAACAAGUGGCGUUAGAUCGUGCUGCUCAACGUGAUACACACCUUACGGCCUGGUUUAAAUUGAAUUCUGAAAAUGAAGGAGCCAAUCGCUAUUCAUAUGUUGACAUUCCAUAUCACUUUGUAUUUGAUGAUAAACAUUGUAAAUGGAAGGUUAGACAAAGAGGUGGAAAUAAGGUGAUAGUAAGAAUGUAUAAAGUUAGUCCAACAGGAGAAUUAUUUUUUCUUAGAUUGUUACUUUUACAAGCAAAAGGAGCAAAAUCUUGGGAGGAUUUGCGUACUGCUAAUGGAAUAGUUCUUGAAACCUUUCGUGAAGCGUGUGUUUUUAAUGGUUUGUUGCAAGAUGACACUGAAUGGCAGAAUACUCUUUCUGAGGCAGUUUUAACGCGAAUGCCUAAGCAAAUCAGGCAGCUGUUUUUAAUUAUUUUAACCUUUUGUGAACCUGAUGACCCUUUGCGUCUUUGGAAUUCGUACAAAGCCUUUAUGAUGGAGGAUUUUAUUCAUCGCCAAGUUCCAUUUAUAUUAGCUGAACAAGCUACUCUUCUUCAAAUUGAAAAGAUUAUUAAUCAAAGUGGUAAAACGCUAUCUGAUUAUAAUUUGCCUGUUGUUGAUGAAUUCAUAGAUUUUAAUCUAGAAAAUUUAAAUGAUAAUGUUCAGCAAUCAAUUGACGAAGCUAAUCGAAUGAGACCGCUUCUUAAUGUCAAUCAAUUAAAUGUAAGUAAUGCUGUCCUUGCUGCAUUGAACGAGCAACCAUGUGUAGAAAAUCAACAUUCCAGAUUGUUUUUUAUGGAUGGACCAGCCGGUAGUGGCAAAACUUUUACAUAUAAUUAUUUGAUUGCUGAAAUGAGCAGUAGGGGUGUUAAAUCUGCUACAGCUGCAUGGACUGGCAUAGCAGCAACUCUUCUUACAAAUGGAUCUACGCUGCACGGGUUAUUUAAACUUCCUGUCCCAAUACUGGAUAACAGCACAUGUAAUGUGACUCCUAACUCUAUUCAGGGACAAUUUUUAAGGCAAGUUAGUUUGUUUAUGCUUGACGAGACAUCCAUGAUUCCCAAACACGCUUUAAAUGCAAUCGAUCGGUUGUUAAAAGAUGUUUGCAACAACAACUUUCCAUUUGGAGGAAAAGUCAUUCUUUUUGGUGGUGACUUUAGGCAAAUUUUACCUGUUGUGAAAAGAGGGAGACCAGCUGAAGUUGUAGAAUCAUGUAUAAAAUGUUCUUUACAGUGGCAAUGGGUGCAGAAGUUUACAUUAACUGAAAAUAUGAGAGUACGUGAUGGAGAAGGAGAUUUUUCCGAAUGGCUGUUAAAACUUGGUAGUGGAACAAUACCUGGCAAGGAGGAAGAUCCUUUUAAGGGAUGUAUUGAAAUACUGCAACAGUGCAUUAUUAGAGAAAACGAAUCAAUUGUUGAAAAAAUAUUUGGAGAUGCUCAACAAGAUGAUUAUGCUAAACGUGUCAUUUUAACACCCACCAAUGUGGAUUCAUUGUCAAUUAAUGAAGAAGUGCUUGAACGUCUACAUGGAGAGGUCAAAACUUAUUUAAGUGCUGAUCAAAUAGACACUGACGAUCUUAAUGAAAGAAAUAAUUUCCCUGUUGAGUUUUUGAACAGCCUAACUCCUUCAGGUAUGCCUACUCAUUGUUUAAAAUUGAAAAUUGGUUGUGAAAUUAUGCUACUUAGAAAUUUAGAUCUUAAAGCUGGGCUAUGUAAUGGAACCCGAAUGAAAGUUUGUGCUCUCCAAAACAAUUAUAUUGAUGCAGAGGUUUUGACAGGUGUUUCUGAAGGUAAACGGGUAUUUGUUCCUCGAAUUCAGUUGGCUCCAUCAGAUUCUAAUUUACCUUUUGUUCUAAAACGUCGUCAGUUUCCUGUCAGAUUAGCUUAUUCGAUGACAAUCAAUAAAAGUCAAGGUCAAACAUUUGAUAGAGUUGGGGUAUGGUAG